AUGGAGCGCGGGCUGCACCUCGGCGCAGCCGCCUCGGGCGAAGACGACCUCUUUCUGCACAAGAGCCUGAGCGCCUCCACCGCAAAGCGCUUGGAGGCGGUUUUCCGCUCCACGCCCCCGGGCAUGGACCUGUCCCUGGCGCCGCCGCCCCGGGAGCGCCCGGCGUCGUCCUCCUCCUCGCCCCUGGGCUGCUUCGAGCCGGCUGACCCCGAGGGGGCAGGGCUGCUGCUGCCACCGCCUGGAGGAGGCGGCGGCGGCGCGGGAGGCGGCGGCGGCGGCGGCGGCGGCGGGGUGGGCGUCCCCGGGCUGCUCGUGGGCUCUGCCGGCGUUGGGGGCGACCCUAGCCUGAGCAGUCUGCCGGCUGGGGCCGCCCUGUGCCUCAAAUACGGCGAGAGUGCGAGCCGCGGCUCGGUGGCCGAGAGCAGCGGGGGCGAGCAGAGCCCCGACGACGACAGCGACGGCCGCUGCGAGCUGGUGCUGCGGGCCGGAGGCGCCGACCCGCGGGCCUCCCCGGGCGCGGGAGGCGGCGGCGCCAAGGCGGCCGAGGGCUGCUCCAACGCCCACCUCCACGGCGGCGCCAGCGCCCCCUCGGGGGGCCCCGGCGGCGGCGGCGGCAGCGGCGGGGGUAGCAGCGGCGGCGGCGGCGGCGGCAGCGGCGGCAGCGGCGGCGGCAGCAGCAGCAGCAAGAAAUCCAAAGAGCAAAAGGCGCUGCGGCUCAACAUCAACGCCCGGGAGCGCCGGCGGAUGCACGACCUGAACGACGCGCUGGACGAGCUGCGCGCGGUCAUCCCCUACGCGCACAGCCCCUCGGUGCGGAAGCUCUCCAAGAUCGCCACGCUGCUGCUCGCCAAGAACUACAUCCUCAUGCAGGCGCAGGCCCUGGAGGAGAUGCGGCGCCUCGUCGCCUACCUCAACCAGGGCCAGGCCAUCUCGGCCGCCUCGCUGCCCAGCUCCGCGGCGGCGGCGGCGGCCGCCGCUGCCCUGCACCCGGCGCUCGGCGCCUACGAGCAGGCUGCCGGCUACCCGUUCAGCGCCGGGCUGCCCCCGGCCGCCUCCUGUCCGGAGAAGUGCGCCCUGUUUAACAGCGUCUCCUCCAGCCUCUGCAAACAGUGCACGGAGAAGCCUUAAACACACCCCCGGAAAACACUAGACCGACCCCAAAGCUAGAGGAAAGUGAAAAGCUGCCCCCCACCCCUUUUACUUUGGUCCUCUCGUAGUUGUGAAACACUUGCAAACAAAACAGAGGCGAAAACUGAGAAGUAUCAGAGACAAACGGGACUUUUAGCCUCGACAUCCCCAGAAUCUCGGUCUUUGGGGUGGGGAGGGAGGGAGGAGGGAGGUGGAGUUGGGAUGAAGUAUGGAUGUUUUUUUUUUUUUUUCUCAGAAAAGUGGCAACUUUGGUGGCAGCCUAGACCGCAAGGAAGCUUAAAAUAUAAGUUGGGAAGUAGUCGCUUGGUUAUUAAGCGUGGAGAGUAUUUAUUAAAUGGCAAAAUACUAAUCCUACUAAUAAUUGUGAAUUUGGCUAGUGCUGAGGGGCAGAGGAGGAGUCCGGGGUUGGGUGGCUUGUGGGAUGAAUAUUCAUUCAGACAAAUCAGAAAGGGCACUUGAAAAUAAAUUUUGAUUCUGAGCCAGGAGAAAAACUUGAAAUGUAGACUUAUUUAAGUGGGGGAAGAAAACCAGAAAGAGACACAUUGCUAUGAAAGACUUGUAUUUUUUAUUGUCUCUGAACUUUAAUCCUGUGAAAAUGCUCAAAAGUUUUGGCAAGAGUGAUAUAAAAAAAAAAAAAACUGACUGUGGCUGAAAGAAUUGCAUUUAAAAAUAUUUAUGUGCACCUUGUUACUUUUCACUCUGCAAUGAUGUAUUAACAAUUCAUGGUAUUUAUUUGUUAUUCUUCAGUGACCCUUCCACAUCAACAAUAUUUAUCAUGUGUUAAGGUCAUGGGUCUUUUGUGCAGAUUUUUUUUAAUGCCUCUAAAAUUCUGUUUUAUAGAUUAACUUAUACUGUGUGCCAAGUGUUUAAAAGGUUUAUUUGCCAACAAGUAUGAAGAGACAUAUUGAUGUAUCUGAGCUGCUUAGGUUUAUCAAAGGUCACCUGGAUAUUUUCAGUUGCAUCAUCCCUGUAUUUAAAUUGAGCUUUAAUAAAUUGCUUCAGUCCAAAAAUUACAGGAAGGUGUAUUCUUAAUUGAUGAAUGAAUUGAUCUCUUUUUUUGAAAGGGGACUCCUUUGCAUUCUAAAAGGGAAGGACAUCACAGCAAUAGAUCCUAUAAGUAAGAACAUGCUAAGCAAAUAUUUUUCCAGGCUGUGCUGUGCAUUUUUAAAAGGUCUAAUUUAAUUGCUUUUAAUAUAUAUGUACAUAUAUAAGUUAUUUUAACUGUGGAGAAUUAUUUAAGUUAAAAGACUGGUUUGAUUUGCCUAUGGUGUGAAUCCUUUGUUAUUUUUCUAAAAAAAAAAAAUAAAAUUUAAAAGAAAUAAAAUAAAACUAAGGAAGAGCAAGAAGCUAUUUACCCAAAGUGAGCUUUCAGUUUUAGUUUGCAUGGCUGUUUGCCUGCCUUUCUAUCCUAUGAAAAUCAAGAAAACCUUUUUUAAAAAUGGAGUCCUGCUAUUUUCCACUCCUUGCAGAUAAUACAAAUUCAGCUUGUCAGGUUGGACGGCGAGUUGGGAGCUAUGAUGGAUUUACUGGCGGGUUUUGGAUGUGUAAAGAAUGAUAUAUAUAUCAAAUAGGUCAAUCAGACUAUGACAGCUAUGUACGACCAUUUGUAUGUGUAUCUAUGU